GGAGAAACUGCGGCGCGAGAUUUGAUCUCCGACUAAGAUGAAUGAUUGUAGCGAAGAAAAACAGUUUGUGGUAGAAGGUACAAGCUGUACCUUGUUUGAUGAUCGGGAAAAAGCUCUUGAAGUUGAUGGGGAAAAACUACUAAUACCAUGGUGUGGUGACAAAUCAAUUUUGAUUGAUAGGUUCGAUGGACGUGGGUAUCUCACUGAUUUUUAUGAGGAAGAUCCUAAUUGCGAUUUAAGUCCUGACGAUCACUUGUCUGAAGAAGAGAUUGCAAUAGAAAAGAUGUGUGAUUUCGAACGUUAUUUGGAAAUGCAAGUGGACGUCCAUGAACUCGCAAUUCAAGAUGGUGAGUUUACUUUUGUAUUUGUGUUUUGAUGUAUUCUGCAAUACCACCCUUGCUGAUUGUUAAUGUGCUCUUAGCUUUUGAGUCAACACAUCUUUGGUAAACGUAUGUUGACAACUUCGUCUUACGUGGUAAGUAAUGUUUAUCAACAGAAUACAGUCCUUUUAACUUGAUAUUUGCUGUGAUUGUCACUAAAUUAACGUUGUUUGGGUUUUUAUGUUCAUUAGUGCAUCCACUGCACAUUUUAUGCUCCAGAGAUUAACACGUUUUACGUCUGUUUAUAUCUUGCAGGUUGUUUUUGGAGUGGGACAUGCAAUUCGAGCCUGAUGAGGCUAUGGGAAUAAGUAUACUUUCAAUGUAAUUAAACAUAAGUCAUUUUUUAAAACAAACUCCUACACUCACGUUUUCCAUUCCCAUAUAUAUCAUUCGUCCUGUUUUUUGUUUUCUAGAAGAAGCUCGAAAACGUGAAGCUGAACGAUCUCGCAAUGACUAUGGAGCCGUUAGCUUCUCUUAUGAUGAAAAUGCUUCCCAACCAAAUGGCGACGAAUCAUACGCUAACAAGGGAUCAAGUAAGUAAUUGUUAUUUUAUAGAAAUUGGUAUUUUAUGUUGAAUUGGAAUAUAUGUUUGUCAAUGAAAUUUAUUCUCCAGCUUAAUUAUUUACUCGGAUUAUUACUAUCUGUUAACUGCUAUGCAAGAAUAAUCCGCAUGACUUGUUAAUAUUUGAAUACUAUUGUCAACCAUUUAAUGAAGAUGACUUUACUGGCAGUUCAAUUUCAAAUGAUUAAUGAACUCUCAAAUUAUCGUAUUUAGAAAAUGACAAGUUUUGGGGAUUAAUGUCCAGUGUAUCACAUCAUAAUUACUCGCUACCUUCUGUUACAGAUCCUGUCUAGUCCUUUAAUUUUGUAGAUCCAAACUAACUGCCAAAAACUCUAGUUCGUCGCUCUACUUUGACCUUAUCAACUUCCUAUUGUUUAACAUUCUACUUAACGUCUAGUCAACAAAUGAGCUGGUAAGAACAUCUGACAAAUAUAUGCCAAAAAUCCUUUAAGUUGCAUGAACAUUUUAUAUGAUAUGGUUGCUUCCAGAGUUUUUCACUCAAUUGCAAUAGUAGAUUCAAAUCGAUCUGAUUGGUUAGUUGCCUUAAUAUGAGGGCGGCAUAAACUGACGAAGAUUCAUGAAUGUUGGGUUGCUAACAGAUUAUUUCACAAAAGUAAAGUCACUUUCUGGUAUGUUGCGUCAUCGCUUAAAUGAACAAAGUCUUUUUCGUUUCAAAGCAAUCUCUUUUUUCUAAACUAGCUGAGCCUGGGAUUAAUGAACAGCACUCUGAAGAGCCAUAUAACUGUCCUCCUGAGCUACAACAACUCUUGUCGAAUUUCCAACUUCCGGAAUCCGAUAAACAAGCUCACAUCAUUGAAAAGACUGCUGUUUUCGUCUCUCGACAAGGAAGUCAAAUGGAAAUAGUUCUUAAAGCUAAACAAAAUAAAAAUCCACUGUUUGGCUUUUUGACUUAUGACCACCCACUUAAUCCCUUCUACAAGGAGAUUGUGAGGUUAAUUUCCCAAGGUCGGUACGUUCCGAAACCUCGUCAGACUACAGAUAAACCAACUGGGACACUCUUUACAAGUUCGGACGAGUCAAACAAGGUAAGUGUCAAGUUUUUUGAGUUUCCAGAUCGUUAUAAUUACCUCACUUAGUAGUGUUAAGUGCUGUUUCUUUGGUAUGACCUUUUUACACGUGGUCACAAUUCUUACUGCAUCAGUUUUAUGUAUCAUCUAAUGAGCUCCACGUUGCUGUGUGAAAUAUUCGUUUUAUGCAUUCUCUAAAUAUUGCCGUCACAUUUUUUAGAAGAAAUAGGAUAGUUUAAACGAGGAAUGUAAGUUGUUUUUUUAGGUUUGUAAGUAAUUAUCCACUUAACACCAGGUAUCUUCAGGUUUAAAGCUUAUCUACACCCAGUCAUGGUUAUCUUGCAAACAGUUUUAUGCAUUCGGAACUUACCUCUGUUAUGUGUAAAUAUUCAUUAUUAAGAUUAUACAUACCUCCAUUUUCCGUUGUUUUCAGUCAAUUCAUGAAGAUGUUUACGAGUUGAAGCUACCAAAGGUGGACAUUUCAAAUACAUCAUAUGCUCCACUAAUAUCCAAGUUCAAGAAAAUUAAUGAAAUGGCUGCAGCUGUCGCAGCUGCAAAUCGUGUUACCCCUGCUUCUGAUAUCCAGUCUUCUAUCGCUACUCCUGAGGCAUUGACUGAAACAGAACGUCCUCUUUACGAUCCUAGUGAGGUUGAAAAUAACUCUUUGGACAGCCUUAAAGACAAUAAUAAACCGUUGGAUUCAGAAAAGACGAAGACUCCCUCACCACAAUCUGAAGUCCACGCCGACGUUUCUGCUACUAAUGAAAGCCUUGCUGAUGUUCCAGUAGUUGGGAAAGACAAUGUGAUAUCAGAAUUAGUAGAUCCUUUGUCUCCAGAAGAGUAUGAACGUAUUUACCAGGAGUAUUAUAAACACUACUAUGCUCAUUAUUACACACAUUAUUCUAAUCAGUGGGCUUUAUCUGAGUAUGUCAAUGAUGAAAGUUUCAAUAUUGUACAAGAAGCAGCUAAGGCAGCCGCUAUAGCAGCUGCGGCUGCAGUCAAUGUUGUCCAACAAACACGUUUAAAAGCUAGUGCUCCAGUAAUGUUCGAACCUCCACUUAGUGAUGAACAGCGUGGUAUUAUAAAUAAAAUGGCAGAAUAUGUUGUUCGUAAUGGUUUAGAAUUUGAAGAAUUGGUCAUUCGACAAAAAAGCAAAGAUCCACGAUUUGGAUUUCUGAAAUCAGAUCAUCCUUUACAUUCAUAUUACAUGGCUAAAAGAAAAGAACUAGACCCUGAUGAUAGCUUGACUAAAGCUGCAGACACUAAUUUUGGUAAUAUACCUCCUUCAAAAUCAUUUAAAGUAAGCUCGUCAAAAAAAUUGGAUUCAAAUGAAAAGCCUGAAACAAUGUUUCAAGAUAAUAAAACGAAAAAUGGUUCUCUUAAAAAUCCUCAGUCUCAUGAUUCUCAUAAAGACAAAAAAGAUGAUUUUGAAGCUUAUAAUUCAGAACGUCAAACUGGCAUCAGUUUCCGAUUAGCUCGCCCGAUUCCACCAAAGUCUCAGUCCACUCAAAAUACAGAAACGUCGGCGGGAGAAAUUAUGGACAUAAUUGAAGCUGCUGCACUAGAGUACUCAGAAUCUGUUUCCAAAAGUUUAAGACGGACUAACGAACAACUUAAUAGGUUAUUGAGUCAUUCGAAAAGUGACAGUCAGUCAAAAUCACAGAAGAGAAAAACUCGAUCUCCAAAAAUGUGUGUUAUACCUGGUAUUCCCAGUCCUAGUUCAUCGUCUUCCUCGGAAUCUUCUCCACCUCAAGUUGAAAGUCCAUACUCUUACACAAAUCGUUCUAGUGGAGCUUCAAAUUCGAAUUCUGUUUGUACAUCACCCUCCAUAUCCUUUGAGCGAAAUGAAAGAAAUAAACAAGUGCAUAACAUUCAGUCUCCUGUUCAGUCUAUCUGUAACAUCACUUCACCCUAUGAUAAUAAUUUGUGUUCUCCUGUGGAGUCGAUAUCUAAUUCAAGCUCACAUUUAACCUCCAACUGGCCUUCAUGUGCUCUUGAAGAUUUAUUAGAUAUACAUGAACCUACAAGUCUUUUGGACUUCUCUGCCGAUGGUUAUCAAGUUACGGUCCCUACAGCUAAAGAAGAGCGUCUGCGUGAGGAAAGGCGUAAAAAAGCUGCCCAAUUGGUUACCCAGUUGAAAUUAACUAAUUCUAUCACAAAAGGAAGUAUAAAUACUAGUACAACUAUCUCCAAAUCUUCGACAGUUAAUACCACAUCAACGACGGCUAAUCGGUAUCGUUCGUCACCUCCACCAGCUCCUGAUUCAGUCCCUGCAGCCGUCGCACAUGCUGUAGUUGCUAACAUGAAACGUCGUCGAGAAGCUUUGGAAAUCGAGAACAAAGCUCGUAGAAGGCGCCAUCGUUCACCACCAGCUGCUUAUGCAUUUGCGCGUAAUCGAAUCUCUGACAGAUCUCCACGGAGGUCACCAACUCCUAGGUGUGAUUCUUAUGAUCGUGAGGACCCAAGAGAUCGGGACGAUCAUCAUUCAAAAUCCAAGAAAAAACAUAAAAAAUCUCAUUACUAAUCACAUCGUAAAGACACAUUAUUGUAAACAAGUGUACAUAUUUAUAUUAUAUUGUGAUCUUGUAUUAUUAAGCAGAAAUGUGAUUAAUUCGAACAAGGUUUUGAUGCGUUGUUCCUUUCCACAGUUUUGAGCAGCUGGAAAAAGUUCUCUAUCAGCCACAAGAGAUUUUCGAAACUAUAAUUGUAAUGUAAUUUAUAUUUAAAUGUCUGGUUUGUAUGAUAUGUGUAACCUUGAUAAAAUUUGAUACUGAACGACCUAGAUUUGUAAUAAUUACCAGUUUAUAUUCACAUUUCAUAUAUUCUAACACGUGAAUAACAACGUUUAUCCACUGAC